AUGAGCAAUAAUUCGGGUCUAUUUGUGGCGUUUAACGACACAAACGUCACCGAAAGUGAUGGCAACAAACGUAACGAGAGUUUGGCUAUAAUGGAGGUGACAGUACUGGCCAUCAUAUUUGUGCUCAUAAUUGUGGGCAAUAUGUGUGUAUUGAUAGCGUUGGCCGUACGGCGCUUCAAAAUGAGCCGCAUGUAUUACUUUCUAUUGCACCUGGUCAUAUCGGACAUAAUGACCGGGUGCUUUACAGUGAUGCCGCAGUUGGCGUGGGAUAUCACCCACCGCUUCAACGGGGGUAACGUAUUGUGUAAGAGUGUGAAAUUCAUGCAACUCUUCGGACCGUACCUGUCGUCCUAUGUGCUGGUGGUGACCGCCAUCGACAGGUAUCAGGCCAUAUGUCACCCGCUGUCCAACUGUCGGUGGACUUCGCGCAAGUCUAAGCUCCAGAUUACGGCCGCUUAUGUCAUAUCGAGCCUGUGCUCAGCGCCCCAGGCGUUCAUCUUCUCCUACCGGGAGAUACCCGGCUAUAGAGGUGUAUACGACUGUUGGGCCACUUUCUCGGCCCUCCCGCCCCCGUGGGGAGAGCGGGCUUACGUCACGUGGUAUACGGUGACCGUGUUUUUCAUACCGCUCAUUAUCAUCACAUAUACCUAUGUUUACAUAUGCUAUGAGGUGUGGAAUAACGUACGCCUCAAACGCCAGACACUGAAACCGGAGAUCAGUUUUAUUGAGAUGAGAAAGAAUUGGCUGAAGACAGACAGCGAAGAUCACACUAACGCCAAAUCCGACAGUUUGGACAAUAGUUUUGGCACCAAUAGUGAUGAUAAUGGAGUCGGUAGUGGGAAAUACGUGGCCACCGGUGGUAGUGGUGGUGGCAAUUGUGGUGCCCCCAGAAGUCACUCAAUAUAUCGUAUAUCCAAAGCCAAGAUCAAGACCGUGAAAGUGACGGUAGUUGUCGUCAUCUGUUAUAUCGUGUGCUCGAGUCCUUUCAUCUGUGUCCAGGUGUGGGCCAAUUGGUGGCCCGGAGCUCAACAGACCUCGUUCUGGACCGGUAUGUAA